AUGUCCAUUGCUCAGGGGGUUAGCGGUGCACCACCCAGCGUCUCUGCAACACUGCCCCCGGAAUUUUGGCAGAUGUUCGCUCUUCAUUUUGAUCUACCAGACGUCCUCACACUGGGAUUGGUUUCAAAGUUAUGUCGUGAAGAGAUGCCAAAGAAUUCGCUGCAAGCUGCUUCUUUCUCUGCUGCGCGAGCUGUCAUUACUGCUACUGUGUCUGUCGGGCAGGAUGCAGAGGCAACUCAAAGUGGGGUUGUGUAUUUUCCCCUACUGGACACCUGGCUUCGUGUCCCCAUUUCAGGCACACUCCCGCCUGGCGCUAGAGAGAAAACCCGCGCUAACAGGUUUCGUGGUUCUUACCAUAGGAUCCCCUACCGUGUUGCAUAUACCGUACAUGUCGGUCUCUUGUCACAGUAACUUUCCAUGGUUCAACCAUGCAUAUUUAACAUACUGUUUUGUAGCAAGACGAGAACCAAAUACAGACAUGUGUCAUACAGUUUCAAUGAUUUCUCGGCGAGCAUUUCCCUAUACGGUACUGCUAGUUGGUACAUGUAUACGCUGCUCGAAGACAAUCGAAUUCAUGCUAGUUUCUGCGUCGGAUGCGGCCACGAGUUUAGCGUGAUAUUGUCGAACGCUAAGGAUGAGGCGUGGUCCUAGCACAAACAUCUGCACGCC